AUGGUCACGGAUAUGAACAGGGUUCAAAAGGGAAUAGCAGGCGGUAGAAAUGGCAAUGGUGCGGGUAAUGGCCAUGGGCAUGUGCAGCAUAUCGAAGGAUCGUCUGAUUCCAAACAUACGUAUUUGACUUCCGUGGCUGCUGUCGAGCAGGGGCCUAUAACGGGGCGGUUAUCAAAGGAAUUGGCGGCGCAAUACAAGCCGCGGUUGCAGAACUUUCACGAGUACCUUGCCGCGUACAGGGAGUCGCUGGAGAAUCCGGAGGCGUUCUUCGGGCGCCAGGCACGUGACCUCCUUGAUUGGUUCCGGCCGUUUGACGAGGUGUACUUGAAGGGUGCAAACGGGUUGCCAUCGUUCGACAACAACGUGUGGUUCACGAACGGGCAGUUGAAUGCGUGCUACAACAUGGUGGAUCGUCACGUGAUGGCCACGCCUGACAAGCCUGCGAUCAUCUACGAAGGCGAUGAGACCGGCCAGGGCUAUGUGUUGACGUACCGUCAGUUGCUUGCCGAGGUGUGCAGGGUUGCGCAGGUUUUGCAGGUUUCUAUGGGUGUGAAGAAGGGCGAUACUGUUGCGGUCUACAUGCCUAUGAUCCCACAGGCGAUUAUCACGCUAUUAGCGAUAACGAGGAUCGGCGCUAUACAUUCUGUUGUUUUUGCUGGGUUUUCCUCCAACUCGCUACGCGAUAGGAUUAUCGACGCUAAUUCCCAGGUGGUGAUUACGACGGAUGAAUCUAAGCGUGGUGGGAAGGUAAUCGAGACUAAACGGUUUGUUGACGAUGCAGUGAAGGAGACCCCUCACGUGAGGCACGUUUUGGUGUACAAGCGGACGCGUAACCCUGAAGUAAUCUAUAAUGCCGAAAGAGAUUUGGAUUGGGAUAGUGAGGUUGCCAAAUACAAGCCAUACUGCCCUUGCGUACCCGUAGACUCUGAGCAUCCCUUGUUUUUACUAUACACUUCUGGGUCUACGGGAGCUCCAAAGGGCUUGCAGCACUCAACGGCAGGCUAUUUGCUCCAGGCCUAUCUAACUAUGCAAUAUAGUUUUGAUGUACGGAAGCAGGACAUCAUCUUUACCGCUGGGGACAUCGGGUGGAUCACUGGCCACACAUAUGUAGUGUACGGCCCGUUGCUUAGUGGCAGUACUACAGUUGUCUUCGAAGGUACCCCUUCAUAUCCCACAUUCUCUAGAUAUUGGGAUAUUAUUGAUACCUACAAAGUGACGCAAUUUUAUGUUGCCCCUACAGCGUUGCGUUUGUUGAAGCGUGCUGGAGAUGGAUAUACAGAGGGUUAUUCUUUAAGAAGUCUACGGUGUCUAGGUUCAGUGGGAGAACCAAUUGCUGCCGAAGUUUGGCAAUGGUACUAUGAAGUUAUUGGUAAAAGCGAAAUUCCUGUCAUAGAUACAUACUGGCAAACUGAAUCAGGCUCGCACUUGAUAACACCUAUGGCUGGAGGCGGGACACCCACGAAGCCUGGUUCAUCUUCGUUCCCCUUUUUCGGUAUAGAUAUUGCAAUUCUUGACCCUCAAACAGGAAAGGAGUUAGAAGGCCCAUUUGUGGAGGGUGUGUUGGUAGUCAAGCGUCCAUGGCCAUCUUUUGCAAGGACCAUCUGGAACAACUACGAACGAUACAGGGAAACAUACCUAAAACCCUACCCAGGCUACUAUUUCACUGGUGAUGGUGCAACGCGUGACCAGGAUGGAUACAUUUGGAUAUUAGGUCGGGUGGACGAUGUAGUAAAUGUUUCAGGACACCGUCUCUCCACCGCUGAGAUUGAGGCCGCCAUUCUUCAGAAUGAGAUGGUCUCUGAGUGUGCCGUAGUUGGGUAUGCUGACGACUUGACAGGCCAAGCAAUUGCAGCCUUCGUCAUGCUAAAACAGAAGAGUAACUGGUCUAUUGCAACUGAGAGAGAGCUGCAGGAAAUGAAAAGACAGUUACUCCUUAUGGUACGCAAGGACAUUGGUCCAUUUGCCGCUCCUAAGUUAAUAAUACUAGUUGAUGAUUUACCUAAGACUAGAUCAGGUAAGAUUAUGAGACGUAUUCUCAGAAAAAUCUUGGCUGGCGAAGCUGAUCAAUUAGGUGAUGUAUCUACACUAUCCAACCCAGGUAUUGUCAAGCAUUUGAUCGACUCUGUAAAGUUGCACUAA